AUGUCAUCGUUUUAUCACCAGCAGUUUGUGAACUCUCCCAUGUAUGCAUACGACAUGACGUCGGCACGCGGCCCUAGCGCCGAUGACGCUAUGUACCGCUCCCUUUCACCCAACUCUCAAUUGGCCUAUCAAAACGAGCAACAAUCCGUAUGGCCCAACUCCUCGUAUCACAAUAACAAUAACAUGAAUUUUGUAGAACAUCGUCAUAUGGGUUAUUCCCACGAAUCUGGUGUCUUGGAGCAGCCCACAUUUGGUCUAAUUCCCACCGAGGUAGACAACAGUUCAAGUCACAUCUCCACUGAUUCCUCCAGCUAUUCUAGUGCUCCCAGAAAUUCCAAAUAUGCAGCCAACGCAGCAGCAGCAGCAGCAGCAGCAGCGGCCGCCAAUGCACCAAUGUCACAUAAGCCCUCGCAACCCAAUAAUCCUAGAGAUUUUACGUCAGCUCCUAGCAGAACUGUUUACUUAGGAAAUGUCUCUCCUAAUAUAGAGACUAGGCAAUUGCUGGACCACGUUCGCAGUGGAAUAGUUGAGGAUAUCAGGAUACUACGUGAUAAAAUGUGUGCGUUCAUAUCAUUUUUGGAUGAGAGCUCUGCUUUGUUAUUCCACUCUGACGCUAUUCUAAAGCGGUUCAACAUUGAGGGUCGUGACAUCAAAAUAGGCUGGGGAAAGCCCACACCUAUCGAUCCAGUGGUCACCGCUGGGGUUACGAACGAUGGUGCAACGCGUAAUGUAUACAUCGGACGCUUGAAUACCGAUCCAAAAACUGCUUCACAGUUUGGUGCCGACCCUAGAGAUGUGGUUAUCACCGAAGACAAAUUAAGAGAAGAUUUGGGGUUCUAUGGCGAAAUUGAAUCCGUCAAGAUAAUUCCAGAAAAAGGCAUUGCAUUCGUCCAUUUCACUUCCAUCUAUAGUGCCAUUAAAGUGGUAUCCAGCCUUGCAUCCAUCAACCCUUACUACACAAACAAAAAGAUAUUUUACGGUAAAGAUAGAUGUGCUUUCAUUACCAAAACACAACAGCAUAAUGCAGCUCAAUUUUUAGGGCUGCAACCAGGUAUGGAGCAUCUAGUUCAGUACACUGACAGAGACUUUAUUUCCAGUACACUGCUUCAACAAUCAGCUGCCGCGGCAGCUAUUGCUACUGCUGCUGGUGGCGCCAACAACUUGGGUAACCGUACCAUCUAUUUGGGCAAUCUGCCUAAGGACGUGAAAAUUGAAGAAAUUUGUAACGCGGUCCGCGGCGGGCUGCUUCAAAACAUCAAGCUACUGUCUGAUCGUCACGUCUGCUUCGUAACGUUCAUUGAUCCGACGGCUGCCGCACAACUAUAUGCCAUGACUUCGUUGCAUGGCCUAACUAUUCAUAACAAGAGAUGCAAAAUCGGAUGGGGGAAGCAUUCCGGGGCGCUGUCAAAUGCACUUGCGCUCGCCGUAAGCCAUGGUGCUUCGCGCAACAUAUAUGUGGGGAACAUCGAUUUUUCUAUUGACAGUACUCGCGAGACGCCGGCUUUCACGGAGGAAACUCUCCGCAACAGUUUUCAAGAAUUUGGGGAAGUUGAACAGAUCAAUUUUUUGCCCGAACGCAACUGCUGCUUUGUAAACUUCACCAACAUCAGCAGCGCGAUCUUAGCCAUUGAUAAGAUAAAAGCUCAUCCUCAUUUUCAAAAUUUGAAAAUAAACUUCGGCAAGGACCGCUGCGGUAAUGUACCUCGCCAAUAUCGAUGA